AUGUUAAAAGCAGUGGCAUCUGGGCUGUUGAUUACCUCUGUCCUCAUAUGUGUAUCUGCAAAUGAUAAUGGAUUUCCUAGAUGUAACUGCGAUGAUGAGGCCAGCUUGUGGCCUAUUGAAAGCAUUCUGGAGUGUCAGAGAGUUGGUGAUUUCUUGAUUGCUGUGGCCUACUUCUCCAUCCCAAUUGAGCUGCUUUAUUUUAUAAGUUGCUCAAACGUCCCCUUCAAAUGGGUCCUGAUUCAGUUCAUUGCCUUCAUUGUACUAUGUGGAUUGACACAUUUGCUCAAUGGGUGGACCUAUGGCCCUCACACUUUCCAACUUAUGGUGGCACUUACUGUCUCUAAAAUUCUCACUGCAUUGGUGUCGUGUGCCACCGCUAUAACCCUCAUCACUCUUAUUCCUUUGCUUCUCAAGGUGAAGGUCAGAGAGUUCAUGCUGAAGAAAAAGACAUGGGAUCUUGGACGUGAGGUUGAUAACAUUAUGAGACAACAGGAGGCUGCAAUGCAUGUAAGAAUGCUUACUCAGGAGAUACGCAAGUCACUCGAUAGACAUACUAUUCUGUAUACCACUUUGGUGGAGCUGUCUAAAACACUGAGCUUGCAAAAUUGUGCUGUGUGGAUGCCUAAUGUUGAUAAGACCGAGAUGAACCUCACUCAUGAAUUAAAUGGGAGGAAUUUUAAUUUGUCUAUACCCAUCACUGAUCCAGAUGUUGUGAGAAUUAAGGGAAGCGACGGUGUGAAUAUACUUAGCUCUGACUCAGCUCUUGCUGUCGGGAGUAGUGGAGCUUCUGGAGAGGCAGGGCCAGUUGCUGCUAUCAGAAUGCCAAUGCUACGUGUCUGUAAUUUCAAAGGAGGAACACCUGAGCUAAGACAGACUUGUUAUGCAAUAUUGGUCUUAAUUCUUCCAAUUGGAGAGCCUCUUCCUAUUGGAGAGCCUAGAUCCUGGAGUAAUCAGGAGCUGGAGAUAAUUAAGGUGGUAGCUGAUCAGGUUGCAGUGGCUCUAUCUCAUGCUGCAAUUCUUGAAGAGUCCCAACUUAUGAGAGAGAAGUUGGAGGAGCAAAAUCGAGCUUUGCAACACGCAAGAAGGAAUGCUAUGAUGGCAAGCCAGGCGAGAAAUGCAUUUCAGAAAGUCAUGAGUGAUGGAAUGAGGAGACCAAUGCACUCAAUUUUGGGAUUGCUUUCAAUGAUACAAGAUGAUAAUUUAAAGAAUGAACAGAAACUUAUCGUGGAUGCAAUGCUUAGGACCAGCAAUGUCCUAUCAAACUUGAUAAACGAUGCCAUGGACAACUCAACUAAGGAUGAUGGAAGAUUUCCUUUGGAGAUAAGGUCUUUUGGGUUACAUUCCAUGCUGAAGGAAUCGGCUUGCCUUUCCAGAUGCAUGUGUGUUUAUAGGGGCUUUGGUUUUAUGGUUGAGGUUGAGAAAUCUUUGCCUGACAAUGUUAUGGGUGAUGAGAGGAGGGUUUUUCAGGUGAUUUUACACAUGGUUGGGAACCUUCUAGAACACAACCAUGGGGGAGGAAUCCUUGUAUUUCGGGUUUUUGCGGAAACUGGAAGUCAGGGAAGAAGUGAUAAAGGGUGGACAACCUGGAGACCAAGCUCUUCUAGUGGGGAUGUAAAUAUUAGAUUUGAGAUAGGGAUCAACAGUACUGAUUCUGAAGUCGGGAGCUCAGUUUCAUCAGGAUUUGGGGGUAGGAAAUUUAACAGUGAUAGGGUUGGCGGCAGAUUGAGCUUCAAUAUCUGCAAGAGGGUAGUACAGUUGAUGCAGGGGAACAUAUGGUUAGUGCCUUGUGCUCAUGGUUAUCCUCAAAGUAUGACACUUCUUCUUCGGUUUCAAUUACGACCAUCCAUUACCAUAGCCAUCUCUGAACCUGGAGAAGGUUCAGAGCGUUCCGAUUCGAAUUCUAUGCUGAAAAGCCUGCAAGUUCUUUUAGUGGACAAUGAUGAUGUAAAUAGGGUAGUGACCCAAAAAUUGCUUCAGAAACUAGGUUGUGUUGUAACUCCUGUUGCUUCAGGAUUUGAAUGCCUUACUGUUAUUGGACCUGCUGGAUCUGCCAUUCAAGUCAUUCUUUUAGAUCUUCACAUGCCUGAUUUAGAUGGCUUUGAAGUUGCCACGAGGAUUCGGAAGUUUAGAAGUGGAAAUCGGCCAAUGAUUGUUGCAUUGACUUCAAGUGCAGAAGAAGAUUUGUGGGACAGAUGCAUGCAAGUUGGUAUUAAUGGAGUUAUCCGUAAACCAGUUUUGUUGCAAGGAAUUGCUAGUGAACUCAGAAGAAUCCUGAUGCAGGGAAAUAAUGUUCUCUGA